CUUUGAAGAAAUAUUUUGGCAUUUGGAAAACUUACUUCUAAGCAAAGUCACAAGCCGAAAUUAUACAAUUAUCUCAAGAUGUCGUCCUAUAUGCGACUACUGAUGUUUCUCACCGGCCUGUUCUUCAUGAUGUACUUCAGUCUGGAGCCCAUAAUGGAUAUGUUUGAAGAGCCCGUCAUCGUGAGAUCCGAAGACAUUAUAUUUAUCAACAAUUCUGGAUGUUUCCUAAGAGGCCGGCGAAGUCCAGCCAGAUAUUCUCAGGCACUGGAACCCAUCAACCUUUUGCGAUGCCCAGAACCUCAGCUGAUGUCUGCAAUGACCAAAGACAACGCCAAUUUCCUGGUGCCCAAAGAGAUGUCGGAGAACUUGCAUUGCAAAUACUGGGUGCUGGCUGCCUGGGACUUUACAUCAAGCAAAGGCCUUCUGGAAGGACACUUUAGCCUGAAGCGCGGAGAGAAUUCAGAUAUUCAGAUCGGCAUCGGUCGUCAGAUAGUUCGGGUUAAAUGCAAGGACAAUUUAAAUUUCACUAAAUAUCACGAUGUUCACUUCUUUGUGCCACCUCCGUUGGAAGGUCUGAAGUCGAAGCCAAAUGGAAUCAAGAAAUUAUCCGUGAUGGUUCUGGGUAUUGACUCAAUUUCCCACAUGCACUUUGUGCGCAACUUCCCCCAUUUGAAUGGCUUCCUCGAGAGUAUGCACACCAAGUUCUUUGGCUACAGUCGAGUGGGUCUAGAUACCCGUGCCAAUUUAGUGCCGUUCUUGAGUGGAUUUAGCACCGAUGAAGCGGACUCGACGGAAGCCUGGCUAUGGGAGAUAUUCAAGGCCGGAGGAUACACCACCGCCUUCGGUGAAGACAGUGCCGAGGGCGUCUUCCCAAGCGGGAAUGGAAAGGAACAGUUUCCCAGCAAUCCGACCGACUUUUACCUGCCUCCUGUGCUGCUCGAGAUGCACAGUCACUCCCGCUAUAGUCUCGAUCUCAGGGAGAUGGUUUACUGCACGGCUGAACGUCAGUUCCAAGGGAUCCUAAGGGACUUCAUAGCCAAACUGGUGCCCCACAUGCAGCAGCGUCCUUUCUUCUCCUUCUUCUGGCAAUCGCAGGGCGUUCAAGAGUACUACGAAUUCGCAGAGCAGUUGGAUCAGCCCUAUAUGAUGCUCUUGAAGAGCCUGCAAGAGGCUGAUGUACUGAACAAUACCAUUGUCUUUCUCAUGUCCGAUCACGGACUUCGCGCUGGUGACUAUCGUUCGAGCUUUCAGGGCAUGGCGGAGGAGUCACAGCCCUUCCUGCUGGCCAUAUACCCCGAUUGGCUGAAGGACAAAUACCCCCAGGCCAUGGGGAAUUUCGAGAGCAACUCGCACAGCCUGAUCACCCCGUAUGACCUUCACCAAACCCUGAAGGAUGUCGUUCGCUUGGACAAUCUGCAGGGCUCCCAGUUAGAAAAGCGGGCCAAGAUCCUUCAGUCGCACUCCCCGGAGAGCCUGCCUCGAGGAAUAAGUCUUUUCCUGCCAAUUCCAGAACACAGAACCUGCGAGCUGGCCCACAUCCCUCCACUCUUUUGCUUCUGCCGCAAGCACACCGAAAUACCCACUGACGAUGGAUUGGUCCUCCGAUGCAGUCGCUUCUUGGUGGAAUCCAUCAACCAGAAGACGAAAUCCCAUCCCCAAUGUGCCAAACUAAAGCUCCAAUCAGUGGUUCUGGCCUACUUCAUGGAGUUGGGCGAGGAGUCCUUCUCCCACGAGUUUAGGCUGCGGGUGAAGACGCUUCCUGGAAACGGGGAGUUCGAGACCACUGUCCGUGUGUCGGAGACUUUAGUCUUGACCAGUCCCAUCAGUCGUGUCAACAGAUAUCAAAAGCAGUCCCACUGUGUCAGCCAACCUCAAAUCAAAGCCCUGUGCUUUUGCACCUGAACUGUGGGUUGUAACAAUGGAUAAAUUGUAAUUCAAUAAAAUCACUAUUUACUUUUUGGAUAAAUAACAUAA